AAAGUUUCUUACUGAUCUAUGGAUUCAAACUUAAAUGUAAUGCAUGAUGAGGAAGACUUUGAAACUCUUCACUAUAAGUAUAAAGAACUAAUUACUUUUUCUCCUAAAACUAAAAGCUCAAUAAAUUCGAAUAAAAAUUUAAAGACCCUUAAACUAAUUCCAUUUUAACUGAUUUCUGAAUCAAAUACAACAAAUGAGUGCAGUAAAUCAACUAAUCACACUAUUUAAUAAUAACCAAUAUAAGUAGUUCAAUCUUUAAAUAUCCUCUAAAAUUAAUAAAAUUAAGAGCCUUGCAAUAGAAGAAACUUUUCUUUGUAUGAAUAGUCAACAAAGAGUCUAUCACCUAGGAAAACAAAUUAUGAGAUAGUUUCUGAUUACACAUUUAAAUUAUAUGAGGGACAUAAAAAGGUACGAUUUCGAAUAAAUGAAAGAGUAGAAUGA